CGACUGCGCCUGCGCAAUACACGGCCGGCGCCUGCGCAGUAAGUCGGGGCCCGUGUGUGGAGAUGGGCGCGGCGGCGGCCGAGGCCAACCGGACCCUGUUCGUGGGGAACCUGGAUCCCCGGGUCACCGAGGAGCUGAUCUUCGAGCUCUUCCACCAGGCAGGUCCAGUAAUUAAAGUUAAAAUACCUAAGGAUAGAGAUGGUAAACCAAAGCAAUUUGCAUUUGUGAAUUUCAAACAUGAAGAAUCUGUCCCUUAUGGAAUGAGUCUGCUUAAUGGGAUCAAACUUUUUGGAAGGCCCAUCAAAAUUCAGUUCCGAUCAGGGAGUAGUCAUGCAUCUCAAGAUGGCAAUUCAUCUUAUUCCCAGCAUGGAACUGCUAAUACAAGUCCUUCCAGCACACCACAUUCAACACCAAAUUCCAACAGCAGAUAUGAUAGGAGCACAGAUAACACGUUAGCAACAGGAUUCACAUCCGUGCAGAUGCUGCAGAGGUCUUUCUCAUCUCCUGAUAACCUUCAGAGACAAGUGAUGAAUAGUGGUACAUGGCAGCAGUCACAAUACAGUGGGAAGUAUGGUUCUCCGCAUUCAGAUCAGUCCACUUAUACCUCACCGGGGCAGCAGCAGAGUCAUUCAUUUAAUCAGUCUUCAGGCUCACAAAUGCAGCGUCGUCCAGAUGGCUCAUCAGCACAGCGCAAGAACAGGCUGAACUCCCAUCCUUAUCAUAUGGACAGCAGACAUUUUAACCGUGAGCAGCGUUUUGGAGACUACGGAUCUGAUCAUCAUUACAGGGGGAACAGAGAUGAGUACAGCUAUGAAGACAGGAGUCCUCAUGACCCUGGAUCUGAUCACUACUCCAGGGGGAACAGAGAUGAGUACAGCUAUGAAGACAGGAGUCCUCAUGACCCUGGAUCUGAUCACUACUCCAGAGGGAACAGGGAUGAGUACUGCUAUGAAGACAGGAGCCACGAUGGCUGGAGCCAUGACUAUAACCGAAGAGAGAACUACAGAGAUGGCAAAUGGCGCCCAUCCCGGCAUUAGCCAGUAUUAAAAGUGGGCUCUCAAGAACUUUUAUGGGCUCUCUCCUCCAGGUCUCAAAUUGAUUUUAACAGUGUAUAGAGUAACAUCGUAAGUUACCUUUUAAAAAAGUUUGUAAAGUCACGUGCAUUACCUUUUUUUAAAAAGAAAAAGCAGCUUCAUUUUUAUUGUAUUAACCUUUCACCUCAGGGUUUUAUGUAGAGAAAUGUGCCACAACUUUAAAAAAAAAAUCAUUGUAGUUUGGUGAAAUUGUACAGCUUGGUUGUAUUAUAAAGAAAAUUUGUAUUUUUUUAGUGUAAUUAAAAAAAGUAGUCUCUGCAACAGGUCUGGUGGUAAUCCCAUUAAACAAAUUCCUUGUAAUAUGAUACAUGUGGCAGUUUAAAUAUUGAAGACAGUGUUUUCAUACUGAAAUAAAUGUUGCUUUUGAAAAUGUAUUGAAGAAUAGUAUUUAAUGUAAUUGCCCUGUAAAAUCUGUGGAUAAAACAAUUUCAGUGUUCCAAAUUCUUGCAUUUAAGGACUUAAUAUGCUCUCCUUUGUUCCAAUCUUGGGCCUUUUGAUUUUAAUAAUUGUUUUAAAAUUAUGUGCAGUAGCCUAAAAUGUUUGAAGAAAUUAUGUUUAUGUAACUAAAACCACUCAGGAACUGAUUGCAUGCCUUGAAGUAGGUUGUCUAUAUUUUACAAAAUCUAAAUUUAGCCUGUACCUCUUGAUGUGAAGAAUUUUUGUUUAAUGCAUAGGAGAAACAGGGGUGCCUAUUUUAUAAGUAUUUUCGAUGUAUGUCUAAUUUUUAUGCAAUAUUACUUAUUUAACUUUUAAAUCAGUUGCUGAAAAAUUGUGGUAUGACUGAGGUACAGUAUCCAAAAAUAAGGGUUGAUUUUUUUCUUUCAGAUUAGUAACUAAGAGGCUGUUAGUGUGACAGAAUUUCACAUGUAUUGAAACCUUGUUUAAAUAACUGAACUCUAUUCAUGUGCCCAGAUCACCUUUUAAUAUAUGCAUUCCUAUGUUUCAGUAUAGCAAUAAACUUUUUUAUAAAAGCA